AUGCUAUCAAAUAAACCAUUACCAGCAAUAGAUAAUGGACAAGAAACCCUCGGCAGAGGAGGAGAACGAAGUCUGAAAGUCAGAAGUGCCGUGAUAAUGUCUUACAGCGGUGUCGGGUACUCUGGAUUUGAACGCUCUAAAGGAGAUGCCACCAUUGAAACUGAUUUGCUGACUGCUAUGGGCAGCCUGUCUGCCAUCUCAAAAUCCAAAAAGCAUUUGAAGAUUAGUCGAACUGCUAAUACCGACCAAGGUGUUCAUGCUGCUAGGCAGUUGAUAUCUCUGGAGAUAAAUGCUCUCAAUACUCCAUACUUUUUGGAAUCUGUGAAUCAAUUGUUGCCUGAACAGAUCAGAGUCUGGGGCGUCAUCAGGACAACCGCAGACUUCAGUGCCAGGCGAAACUGUGACUUGCAAACUUGGACAUACUUACUCCCAACAUACUGCUUCCAAGAACCGCCUCCUCAAACCCACUACUAUAAUCCUGUUCGAGAAGACGAUGCAGACAGCACACUCGGCUACCAACCCGAACCUCAAACUGGUGUAUUCCGAUCAUUGACUCGUCGCAUGUCUCGUUCGGGCGUUAGCUUGGAACCUUACAACAGUAACGGAUACCAACAAUAUAAUGAUGGAGACAAGAAGGCUAUGAAUGGUAGUUCCUAUGCUCUGUCUGCACCCGUAUCUCCCGUAGCUGUAGAUGACGACUACCGUCCCAAACCACCACCAAAGAACCAAAACCAGGAUCGUGGAUUCAUCUCUACAUUGAAGCGAAUGACUACUCGACGAGGCCGCUCAAGGUCUAAUGAACGAAUGAAUGGUGGCGCACCCGCUGGUAUCUCACGUUCUCACACACCAUACGCUAAUGGAGUACUAGGUGGUCAAGCAGCCGAUCCACUGGACGAGAUACCUGCCACUCUUCGUCGCAAGGAUUCCAUCGGUGGUGCUUUGGGAGGUGGUGGUGAUUACGAAGAUGGUAUGAUGGGAACAUUACGUAGAACCUUAUCUCGACGUGGUAGUGCAUCCGGUGCUGGAUCAUCGUCGAAUACUGGGACACGGUCACGAUCUCAGCCACCUGUACGAACAUACCGUGACGAAGAUUAUGAAAACAAAUUCAAUCAGACCUUGAAGAAUAUGAUGACACCUGCUGAACCACUCAUGUUGCCUGAACCUACCGAAGCUGAAUUAAAGAAUAUUCGAACCUAUCGGGCUACUGCUCAACAGUUUAGAGCUCUCAACCAUAUCAUGGGGAUAUAUCGUGGUACUCACAACUGGCAUAAUUACACGAGAGGUGGUCAAUACGAUGAAAUGCCAUAUGAACGAGUCAUCAGCUGUGAAGCAUCAGCCCCCGAAUACCAUCAAGGAAUGGAAUGGGUCCGUAUCACUAUAUCUGCUCGAUCAUUUGAAAAGUAUCAAAUACUCAAAAUGAUUGCUCUCGCUGUCUUGGUCAUACGAACCAACACACCUCGAUCGGUGGUCGCCAACUCCUUCGGUCGUGCCAAGAUUGAUAUCCCAGAACUACCUGGAUAUGGCCUCGUAUUGGAAGAUGCCUCGUAUGAGAGCUAUAACUCGGAGGUUGCUCGAUUGGCUACUACUUCUCGUGCUUUUGGUGAAUUGCAACCUGUUUCGUUCCGUCCCUACCAGGACAACAUUGAAGAAUUCAAAAAGAAGCACAUCUAUGAAAGAAUCUUCAGCAGUGAAGCUGAGCGUAUGGGUAUGGCUGACUGGACACGAGCCAUUGACCGAUACUCUUUCCUCUACACCUCAUAUCUGAACCCACGUGGUAUCAUAGAUUUGUCCGAGUUCUGGGAACGUGCAGCUGAAACAGGAGCUCAAUAA